AUGUUUAAUAACAGUGAUACAAAUAAUAAUAAUAAUAUUAAGAAUGAAAAUAAUGAUAAAAAUGAGGAGUUGAAUGCGGUAGCGCCAUCUGAAGAAACAUUCUCCAAGAGAGCCAAUAGAAUAGUAUCACUGGUCAUCGAUAACAAAGAACACCUCGAGGAGGAAGAAGAUGACAGUUCAUUCUCUGAAACUUCAUCAAGUGGUGAUGACGAAGAGGAGGAUGAAGAACGAAACGAUGGAUUUACAGAGACUGGUUUCUUUAAGAUUUCAACUGCUUCUAUACCAACCAAUACUGUUACCAACACUACCACUGCUAUUCCACUCUCUGAAAAAACCAACAACAAUAUCAAUAACAAUAGCAACAACAUUAAUAUAAAUAUUACAACAAAACCAAGAAGCAGUAGUGUAGAGUAUUCUGCAUCACCAUCCAAACUCAAUAAUCCUUACAAUGUAACAAGCGCACAUACCACUAGUGAUGAUUCCAAUUUGGGCGAGAGUGACUUUAAAUCGAGAAGAGAAGUGCGUUCCUCUUCUAGUGUAGCGGCUCCACCAAGUGGUGGUUGGACUCGUGGAAAGAUUACUCCAUCCAAUUCAUCAUUGCAACUUAGCGGCGGGAAUGACAGUGAAGCCGAUGGAAAUAAGACAUCACUAAAUAGGGGUUCGAGCAGACUAUUCACUGGAACAGCAUCUAGAGGUGGUUUGGCAAGUUCCAAAAAGUUUGUUAAUCCCUCACACUACUCAAGCUCAGUAAUGGUUCCAGUCGACAAAUCAUCUCAAUUCUCACUUGUUAUUUCAUCAACAGAGACUGUUGAAACUUCGAAAAAGUCAUAUACUGUUUAUGUUAUUAAUGUAAAAAGUAAUGAUAUUGUUUGGACAAUCGUUCGUAGAUAUAAACAUGUUAGAGCAUUCUCAUUAAAAAUUCAAAAUGAAGUACCAUCAUUAACAGCAUUUGACUUUCCAUCGAAAAAGAUCAUUGGAAAUAUGAAUCCUCAAUUUAUUAAACAAAGAUGCAAUCAAUUGCAACUGUUUUUCAAUGCAAUAUGUGAAUCUAAUUUAGCGAAACAGUCAAGAAAUCUCAAAGUGUUUUUAGAUCCAAACUUUUCACCAUCGCUUAAGUCAAUAACUAAUCCAUCAAAAGAAGGAUAUUUAUAUUUACUGAUACAGAGGAGUAGUUUGUCGAGAAAGAAAAGAAAGUGGAAAAAAGUAUAUUGUGUGGUGGUCAAUGCCAACCUUUUCUUUUGGAAAACUAGGAAUCAAUAUGCAGAAGCAAAGGGUGUCAUCAAUCUAAGACAUGCCACAGCAAAGAUAACGCAUACUCUCGAUAAGCUAUGCGUUGAGGUAAAGAUACAGGAGGCUGACAGUGGAGCUAUCAGACACAAGCAAUUCAAAUCUUCUGUAUCGUCCAACUCUCUUGCACUAAGUUGCACCGGGUCAAGAGAGGAGGAUCAAGACGAAGAGAAAUACUUUUUAUGCUCAGAGUCUGAGCAGAAAUUGGUACAGUGGUUAGAGACAAUCAACAAAGAGAUCAACACUGCACAAAACAAUCUGACAGCAUCAAUAUUAUUCAUGCAACAACAACAACAACAACAGCAUCAAGCAAUCACACCUAUUCCAAACUCAACCUCCACAACAACAACAACAGCAACAACAAUAACGACUGUAAAUAUCCCAGCGCCACCACCCAUACCAUUGUCACUUAGUAGAAGUGUACUAUCUAAAUCAAUGAAACUCGACAGUAGUUUAUCGAAUUCACAACAACGUCAACUUAAAACUAAUCCAGUACCUGUUAAAAACAAUCAACAACAAGAUGGUGACAGUAAUAACAAUAACAUUAUGACAGAACUACAGGAUGAGUCAUCAUAUCGUGUGUUUAUUCAGAAUCAAGAAUGGUCAAUUGACAAUCAUAUCGUUGAUUCAACAACUCGAUUUAAAUUCGUAUUUGCUGAAUUAAUUAUAUCAGUAGAUAAAGGAAAAGGAUAUAAACCAACUAAAGAUACAAUCAAUUUAUUAGAAGCAACUCUAUCUUAUAAAUCUGUAUAUAAUCAAGAAUCAACUAUUCAACAAAAAAAUAAUAACAACAAUAAUAAUUUAGAUUUAAAUAUUAGUAAUAAUAAUAGUAAUAGUAAUAGUAAUAGUAAUAACUCUACUUCAACAUUUGUAAUGGCAACACCAAGUACAUCAUCUAUUCAUCCAUCAUUUUCACCGAUUGCAUUGGGUGUUUCAAAGAUUCCAAAUACACCAUCGUCAAGCAAUAUUCCAAAGCAUUUGAUUGACAAACUCAAAUCAAAGAGCAAUGAAAUCAUUCUAUUGCCAUCCGAGAAUAUUGUUUUCUACAGUGAGAGUAUCAUUCAUGUGCAUGGCAACAGUGGUACCAUUGGACGUAUCACUCUCACCAACUUUAGAUUAUAUUUUGCACCAUACUAUGGCAGCAAGAUGAGCAAGAAGUGCGAGACCGAAGGAAUAUCAGUUCCUCUAGGAAUGAUCGAAGACAUUGUCAAGUGCACAGGAUUCACUCCCGACAAAUUGAAAUACUAUGCAUUUGAAAUCAAAUGUAAAGAUUUCCAUAGAAUUAGAUUUAUGCAUUUACCUGGAUCAUCACAACAAAAAGCAAACUCUAGACUCUAUGAAAUAUUUGAACCAUUAAUUUUCAGUUCAGAAUAUUCAAAACUAUUUUGUUUUGCUUCAAAUAAUAUAUCAAAUUUAGAUCAAAGUAAAGGAUGGAAUAUAUAUAAUCCUUCAGAAGAAUAUCAGAGAAUGGGUAUACCAAAUGAAUCGUGGAGAGUUACAAAUUUCAAUAAUGAUUAUUACUAUUCACCAACCUAUCCAUCAACGAUGGUCGUGCCAAAGAGAAUAACAGAUUUGGAGUUGAUCAAUAUUACAUCGUUUAGAAGUAAAGGUAGAUUGCCCGUGUUGGUUUGGAAACAUCCAAAGGAAUAUGCUGUUAUCGUUCGAUCUUCUCAACCUGUGAUCGGUGUCACUGGUAAACGAUGUCUCGAGGAUGAGAAACUAAUUGAAAACAUUCGUCUUGCAAACUUGGAUUCCGAACGUGUAUAUAUUAUGGAUGCCAGACCACAGAUCAAUGCAGUUGCCAACCAAGUCAUGGGUAUGGGUUACGAAGGUACCAAAUCAACGUACAGCAACUGCGUCUUGAAAUUCCUAAACAUUGAAAACAUCCACAAGAUGCGUGAAGCCCAAAAGAAACUAUUCAAAACCUCGAUGUACGAGAAGGAAUACGAUCGCUAUCAGCUCAAACUGGAAAAGGCAACCAACAUAUGGCUCGAACAUAUUCGCUCGAUUCUCUGUGGUGUCACCGAGAUUGUCGAUGUCAUCCGCUAUCUCAAAUCCUCUGUAAUCAUUCAUUGCUCCGACGGCUGGGAUCGUACCAGUCAGUUGUGCGCACUCGCCGAACUCCUACUCGACCCUGCCUAUCGCACGAUCGUCGGCUUCCAAAAGCUGAUAGAGAAAGAGUGGCUUUCGUUCGGCCACAAAUUCGAGUCGCGUAUUGGCCAGGGGUCCAGAGUGGAGAAGCACACCGCCAUCGAACACUCACCGGUGUUCCUUCAGUUUAUCGAUUGUGUCUAUCAGAUAUUGAUACAGAAUCCACAGCGUUUCGAAUUCAAUCAACAGUAUCUCAUGGAGAUCAUUCAUCAUCUUUACAGCUGCCGAUUUGGAACGUUCCUCUACGACAGUGAAGCGGAGCGUGUCACCAACGAACUCUCUAAAAAGACACAAAGUCUCUGGAGCUACUUAAAUGCACAUACAUCACAGUGGCGUAACUCUAGCUAUCAAUCAAACCCCGAAAUACUCUCAGUCGACACAAUGAAUUUACAAUUAUGGAAUCAAUAUUACCUUUAUUGGCUUUUAACAAAAUCUGAGGGUCUAAAAGUAUCUUUUGAUGAACAAAGAAUGAAUCAAAAAAAGGAAAAAAAUGUUAUAGGUUUAGAUAGUUAG